AUGGAGAAGUCUCAGAAUUCGAUGAGUUUUUCCCAGGAAGGAGGAAGUAAUCUCAGCGAGAGAGUUAUGUUGAAUGUCGGGGGAAAAAAGUUCGAGACUACGGUAGCUACGUUGACAAGAAUUCCAGAUACGGUGCUAGCAGUGAUGGUCAGUGAUCGUUGGAAGACUGGUGAUGAGAUUUUCAUUGAUCGAGACCCAAAGCAUUUCGGAAAAGUUCUGAAUUACCUUCGAGACGGUGAUCAUUUUGUGGUACCAGCCGACACAGAAGCAUGUGAAGAGUUGAAAAGAGAGGCUCAUUUCUACAACAUGCCAUUCCUUGCCGAACUCUGCCUUCCAAUGAACGUCGACGUGGCAGAUAUUGUUCAAUGGAAACGGGAUGCAAUCGAAAUUUACUGGCGUCCGUUUGUCCGUUAUAUGGUUGACGAUUCGUUGUCUCUUCCAUUUAUUUAUGAUAGAAACAACCACACGCUGGCCCGUUGCAUUGCUUGUGAGGAAUUCCAGGAUCCGAAAUGUUCGUAUCUAUUCGAUAUCAACUAUACAGCAUGGGAACCAAUGAGACAUCAUAUGUACAAUAUGACUGGAGAAGUCACACAGUUGAUGGGUGAGAAUUGUUGCAUCGUCUCGUGGGAUAAUGGACAACAAAUUCAUCUUCCAAGAUCUGCACUUAUCAAACUUCCAGGAAUGCAACAUCAGUGA